CCAGCAGAGGAAGUGUUUGCCUUCAAGUCUGAGCAGCUUUAAAAUGCUUUGCUUUGGGAGAACAGACAUUCACAGGUGUGCCAUCUACACGCAUUAGGAGUCGUCUCGGACUGGGAAUCUGCACGAUGGAAAUUGAGGAUAUCUUAAAUGACUCGGACAUCAAGUGUCAGGAGAAUAUCGAUCACAACCGAGCGCUGUACAUUUUCUUCUCAUCCGUGGUGGUGGUGGAGUUUAUCUUGGGUCUCCUGCUGAACAUUACAGUCAUCCAUCUCUUCGUCUUCAAGAUCAGGUUCUGGAAAUCGAAAACCAUCGACAUUUUCCUGUUCAAUCUGGUCUUGGCGGAUAUUUUGCUGCUGAUUGGAUUGCCUGUAAAAGCAUACAACUUUCAGCAAUGCAGUGAAAACAAGUUUGUCUGCAAAGUGCAGCUCUUUCUGCAGUUUCUCAACCGAGGAGCAAGCAUCGCCUUCCUCACCGUCAUCUCCAUUUAUCGAUAUUUCAGUGUAGUCCAUCCGGGCAGGAGAAAAGUCAUACGGAUUUUAAAACAUUCGCCUCAGAUUUCUAUAUUUAUCUGGGUAUUGUUGGGAGUUUUGACCAUCCCGGCUAUGAUGCAGAGCUUCAUCAGAUGCAACACCAAAGAAAGUGAUGAUGAAGAUCUCAGCCCUGUUGUUAUACUGAGAGAGAUUGUGUUUUUCACCCAGAUCUUCAUCCCGUUUCUUGUUCUUGUGUACUGCUCCAUUCGGAUCGUCCAAAGACUCAGAAGUCAGAAGUCGAUAGGAGACAAGACUAAGCUACGGAAAGCCAUGUUUCUGGUGGCUACGGUUGUUCUGGUCUUUGCGAUCUGCUUUUUGCCGUAUGCCAUUACAAGAGCAGUGCAGUUAAAGAUGGGGCUUGUGAUGAAAGAGGAAAAAGUUGCUGUCGUUAAACUGUAUGACGCGUUCAUUUGUUUGUCUUAUCUAAACUGCUUGCUGGAUCCGAUUCUGUACUGCCUGAGCAGUGGUAAAUUUAAGAAGUUAUACAUAUCAAUCUAUCUGCCCUUUCUGAUGGAGAAGGAACAACAGGAAGAAUUAGAUGACACAGCAGAUGAUUGAACUACGCGAUGAAGAUGUUGCUGUUGAGGGAUUCUCAGACGUGCUGUUUUGGUGUUUGCAUCAAAUUAAUUAACAAGUGAUUUGAUGUCAGUAGACAGCAUAUAAGAUAAAGUAUUUAAUGUUUAAUGUAAAUAAAACGUCAAAAUAGUGAUGUAAAGUUCAGCUUUCAUUUAGUGUGGCAAUUUAAUGUGAAAAUAAAACAUACAUCUUAAACUAUCAAUGGUUUGAAGUAGGGCUGCACAAUAUAUCGUUUGAGCAUUGAUACCACAAUGUGUUUAUUCGCAUUAGUCACAUUGCGAGUAUACGCAAUGUUGAGUUUGGAUUAUAAUUGAUCAUUUCGCAAGUGUUUUUUGAGGACUGUGACUAUGUGAGGGGUUUAAAAGCUUCCAGGCUUAAGAAAUUAUCAUUCAUUCAUUCAUUUUCUUUUUGGCUUAGUCCCUUUAUUAAUCUGGGGUCGGCACACUUAUCCAGCACAUAUUUUACGCAGCGGAUGCCCUUCCAGCUGCAACCCAUCACUGGGAGACCCCCAAAAACACUCAUUCACAUUUGGACUUGUGGGGGAAACCGGAGCACCCGGAGGAAACCCACGCUAACAUGGAGAAAACAUGCAAACUCCAAACAGAAACGCCAACUGACCCAGCCGAGGCUCGAACCAGCGACCUUCCUGCUGUGAGGCGACAGCACUACUGCGCCACCGCAUCACCUUAAGAAAUUGUACCGUUUGUAACUAACAAAUUAACAACGAUUUAUUUUAUUGAAUUGUUUUUAAAUCAAAGACUUUGCAGUAUUACUUUACAUUUGAUUAUUCCAUUACGGUAUAUCUGAAUACAGUUCGACUGUUUUUAUUAUAUUUUAUGCAUAAGCACUCCCCUACAGAAUCAUCCCAAUCAAUCUAAAAUUAUCAAUUCUUUCUAAAAAGUUAUUCAACUCAUCGGUG